UUCAGCCCAAGUGUGUUCUUUAUCUCACGUACACGCGACGUAAGAGUCGGCCGUACAUUUUUCUCAUCAUUUAUUAGACGAAGCUCUUCUUGUCGUCCAGGUAGGUUUUGUUAUGUUAGUUUUUCUAAUUUUUUGUUUACAAAAAGCUCUGAGCUUUACCCUGCACAAUAGCCUUCUGUCUUAACCCUGUCUUGUGGAAAAGAAAUUUAAACACAAUUAAUAAAAAGUCCAUCAGUCUUAAUUAAUUAUGUUUAAUCUGAAAAAAAAGCCAAUUAUUUUAUAUGAAGGAAAGUGUGUCAACCAGUAAUUCGCAAAUAUUUUCAUUUCUAGAUGAAUUAACUAAUUGUGGCUUUACAAAUUGUAACACGUACACUGUAACUGCGUUGAUUAAAUUUUUAAUACUAAAGUGUCUGUUAGAGGCAGGCUUAAAACUAUUAUUUAUUACGAAAAUGAUGCUCGAGCUAUCAGUUAUUACAAAGUUGAGGCUAGGACUCGUUUAUUAAAGAGUAAAUUUCUUGUACUAAACAUGACCGCUAGAUAUCGCAUCCUAUUACACUGGCUUGAAAACUUGGAGAAUAACUUUUGGGCCGUUGGUAUAACUGACUUUCAAAUAUUAGUUCUAAUACAAAAUAUUUUGUCUACACUUUCUGAUAGUUUGUGUCCAUUAUACGACAUAAAAAUGGACAUACAUUAAAUUAUUUAGGAUUGUAAAUUGAUAUUUACCAUAAAUCAACCUAUUAAGGCAGGAAUUUAGCCCCAUUGAUUUUAAGAUCCAACUGAUAUAUUAAUUUAUAUGUUGGAAAAGAAUGGCGUAUGUAAAUCCAAGUUUUAAAACUCGUCGAAGCUGCAAUUGUAUAUCUAAAUUAGAAAAAAAAAAUGCUUCAAAUUUGGUCUGAAACACAGAACGACGACCAGCUAGUAUGCUGUAUCCACUAGAGCACCUUGUCUUCGGGGUUACGCAAAUUAUGACUGUCAAAAAUUCUUUACCACUCCCCCCCCCCUCUCUUCAGUGUCCCGUCACAUCUGAAAAAAAUCAAAACAAACAUGCAAUUUUCAUAGUUAAACUAAGAUUUUAUUUUAUUCUUUAACAUUUCCCCGUAAUGGGUUAUGAUACUGUAUUGUUAGAAAUCUGUGACGCGAAACCAAGAAGUCAACCCCACGCAACAGUUUGUGCGUCAUUUUUUCGAUAAGCGUAGACGGUGUGCGCGACUGAGUUUCACGGUAUAAUACCUGAGGCAAUUUCGUCCUCAAAUUAAUGUUUUUAAAAUCAAUUGACUAACGAUUUUUUUUUUCCAUUCAAAAUUAGAACAUUGCAGAUUUAAAAACAAAAACAAAUCUUUACGUCACACAUUUCCUUCCCCCCCCCCCAACCCAUCCCCUAUCACAAAUUCUCGACCCCCCCCCCUCUCACCCUGAGCCUGAUGUAAUUUGCGAACGACCCUUCUAAAGUUUUAAUGGCAGUGUAUUUUGAAUGAUAACAAUAUCUACGUUCAAAAAUCAGAGCGGAGAAGUUUUGAUACAAGAUAACCUAGAGUCUAGUUCAGUGAGAGAGAAUAACAAAUAUUUUAAUGAUUAUUUUAUCAUUAGUUUUAAGUUUUAAAAAACGUUUUAUUUUGAUGAACAGAACUAUCUCAGCUUUCAACAAAAGCAUGUCGAUGCAUUAAUUUAAUCUACAUUUAAAAUGCCCUAUAUAUGCUUACAUGCUAAUGACUUUUAUCUUUAUCCAUAUGUUUUAACGCCCAUUUCAAACACGCUUCAUUACCAAGUAACACUCUCUUGAAUGGUAACCCCCACCAUUCCCCUCAUUCCUUUUCCGUACUUUCCUCUUCCAAUCACCUCCUGUUCCUGUCUUUAUAUUUAAAAUCAAUUGAUGUAACAUCAUAUUUCUGAAGGUUUCGCAAAUUGCAAAAAAAACUAUUAAAAAACAGUAUAUAUAAUGCAUUAACUGUAUAUAUCUAUAACUCUGACAAUGUGCUUUGGUAAAAAUUGAUUUAAAAAAACGGACAAACACAUAUUGCUUUUAAAAUCUACUAGUUCUUUACAGCAAUAGGACAGAGCAACUUACUCACAAGACUCAAGCCUAUUAAGCUAUAAAAUGAGUUUUUUUUUUUUCAUUUUUAUGCUAAACUUGAAUCGUAUUAUGAUUUAAGUGUGUUUAAUAAAACGACCAAUACAUUAAACAAUGCAGACAUUUAAUUUCCAAUGACUUUAAUUUAAACGAUGUUUUUCAUCUACAGAUACAACAUGGAAUCGUCAAGAGACAUAGAUCUUCUGCUUAUUGGGAAGACAGGAAAUGGGAAAAGUGCUCUUGGUAACACGAUCCUGCGUAGAAAGGCUUUUCUCAGCAGAAGUUCUCAAGAAUCGGUUACCAAAAAGGUUGCCUAUGAAGUGAGCGAAUUCGAUAACCGCAUCAUCAAAGUAGUUGACGGACCAGGUGUUGGCGACACACGCAUGGACAAUGAGAAAUCUGUGAAUCUUGUUAUGGGGGCAAUGGAGUAUGCCAUUUCAGCCAACGUACGAGGAUAUCAUGCGUUUCUACUGGUGGCCAAAUAUGGAGGAAGGUUCACUGCAGAAGGCCAGGACACAGUAAAAUUUUUGAAACAAGUCUUCGGAGAGAAUUUUGUCAAAAACUUUUGUAUUUUAGUUCUAACUUGUGGAGACAAUUUUGAAACUGAAGAUCACAGCUACUUAACAUUUGAAGAGUGGUGUAAGGAUCAAACUGGUGUGUUUAAAGAACUGCUUAAAGAAUGUUGCAAUAGAGUUAUAUUAUUUGACAACAGGACGAAAGAUGAAGAAAAGAAAGAGAAGCAACUGAAAGAUCUCAUUGAAAUGGUGGACAACCUACGUUGGAGAGAUCUUCGUUACACCGACGACAAUUUCCAGAAAGCCAGGGAAGCUCGCGAGAAGUUGAUGGUGGAAGCCAAGGAGCCGAUGCUAAGGGAGGAAACUAUGAAUGAGAUUAGUUUACUUAUCCAGAAACUUCAUUGGACCCAGGAGAAUGUUGAGCCCGAAGAAAGACUUUCGUAUUUGGAUGAUCUUCAGAGACGAGCUACGACUUUAUACGACAACAUCCAGGUGCAGGACAAAGGGACAGGAGCCCUCAAUGACAUAAUGCAAACAGCCAAAUCCAUUCAAGUCACCAUUGCCGAUGAGAUUAAGAUUUCACAAAGAGUCAUCCAAGAGAGGGAGAAAAUGAGAAAAAUGGAAGACGAGAGAACCCAAGCCUUUAUGGCAGAACUGGCACGGCAGAGAGAGGAGUAUGAGCAGCGACUUAUCAAAGACAAGAUUGAGGACCAGCGUAGGAGUAAGCUGUUAGAAGAACAGGAAAAGAAAUGGAGAGGCAUGACAGAGAAAAUGGAUAAAGAAAGAGAAACGCGCGAGAAGGAAUUUCAGAAAACUUUAGAAGAAGAACGCAUGCGCCAACGGAAACAGGUGGAAGACAUUGAACAUAAAUACAGGGCAGCCAAGGAGACCAACGAUGAGGGCUUCUUUUCAAAUGUCGUAGGAUUUGUCACGUGGCCAUUUAGGAAACUUUUUGGUAGCGAAGAUUAGUCAUUUUAUUCUCUGAUUAUUUAUAUACGCGUGUGCAAAGAAAAAAAUAUUUUGAUACAAUACUCGUUGAUAAAAUUUUAGCUUUUUUUUGUUUUUUUUGCUUAUUUAUUUAUUACGGUAUUUUUAAAAAAAAAAUAAUUUUGUCCUCGUUUUAAAUAAAUGUAUGAGGUGAAUUUUUUUGUUAGUACUUUGUUCACAAAUGCUUACUUCUAUGCAGUAGCGUCUAAACUUGUGCUUUUAACCCCCCCCCUGUAAUAUAUGGGGAAUAUACUACCGCUGUUUGUUUGCACCUUAUAACAUUUUUUUCGGGUUCGAAUUGCCUGUUGCCCUGUUCUUCCCAAGUUUAAGUCUGUGGCAAGAUGUUAACAGUUACUCAACCGUUUUUGGGGCCAAUAUUUAAUUUCGGGUUUUCUGGUCCUUGUUGUUGUCUGGACCAUUCAGGUGGGACGAAAACCGUGUGCUUGCCUGUUGGUUCUCAAAUUAGAUCGCACAGGGUUUUUUAAUAUUUUUUUUUGGAUGGGGGGGGGGUUUGCGUUUGUGGUGGAUCCUAGCAUGUUACUCGAUUAACUUUACAAUGACAUGUGUGAUUGAC